AUGGUUGUUGGGUCUCGAAGGGGGCCAGCGAGAGGCGGUCGAUCAGAGCAGAGCCAGGUAUAUAACCCGGCAAAAGCAGCAGCGUUCAACCGGGGACUCGCCAAUGAAGGGGAUCGGGCAGUUCGAGGAGUUAGCUGUCUGGCGACCUAUUCGCUAUUCGUUGGGCGUGCAGCCGUGCAGCCGUGCAGGGAGGUUGCGGUCUUGUCGUUGCACACGAUCAAGCCCCGAGAGGUGGAGUGGUUGGACUCGAUAGGAACGCUGGUGCUUAAUAUGUCUAUAGAGCGACUAGUAGCGGCACAAUUGAAGCUUCCGCGCUCGCUGGUGGUGUCGCUCGACGCUGGAGCUGGCGUUGGCGCUGACGAUGGAGUUGAAGCAGUUGACGAUGUGGUUGAAACUGGUGGAAGUCGAAGAAGGCGAAGAAGACGAGAAAAGGCAGCAAAAGGUUAA